UAUGUAUAAAUAUACGCAUCGUAACGUACUGAACUGAAUUAGAUAUCAGUUGCUCACCCCACAGAGUCCUUGUAAAAAAACAUGCAUCGAAACACCUUGUAUCCUACUGCUAUUACACUGCUUAUUCCCUUUAUAACGCUAAGCUAUGCAUUAAUUCCAAAACCUUAUGAAUAUAAUGCAACGACAACAUUGUGUAGUAUUGGUGAAACACUUGAAUUUAUACAUGAAUACCAUUCAUGUUUUAUAUUGAAAGAAGCGCUGAAACGAUUUGAUGAACACUUAUCGCUGAGAAAUACACCAUUACUGUCAAAUGAUACGUCGACGUGUGUUAUAACCUCUCUGUCGGUGACUAUAGAACAGUCGUGUGAUGAAAGUGAGAAUAAAGCUUGGCCAUCUGAUAUGAUGGAUGAAUCAUAUGUAUUAAAAAUUGCCGAAGGUGGAAUAGAAAUAUCUUCACAAGAGAUAUGGGGUGUAUUACACGCCUUAGAAACUAUACUACAAUUGACGUAUAGAAGUGAAUGGGAUUCGAAGGUGAUAUAUCAAGGUGAUAUAAGUGAUGUUCCAGUGUUUUCACAUCGUGGAAUUAUGAUUGAUACAGCUAGACACUUUUUGAGUGUUCCUGAGAUUGAAAAAAUGAUUGAUGCAAUGUCCAUGGUUAAAAUGAAUGUUCUGCAUUGGCAUGUCACGGAUGACGAGUCAUUCCCGUUUGUAGUGUCAGCUUACCCACAACUAUCGACACUGGGUGCUUAUAAUCCUCAGCUGAUGGUAUAUCAACGUAAUGAAGUUCUAUCCUUAUUAGAGUAUGCACGUUUACGGGGUGUACGUGUUAUGGCGGAAUUUGAGACUCCAGCUCACUCACAGUCAUGGGGCAGCCUUUCUAACACGUUCCUUACUCAAUGUUACAAGGAAGGGCAACCAGAGGAUAGAUAUGGUCCAAUCAAUCCAAGUGAUGAUGAAGCUUUUACAGCUUUAUCAAAUAUCUUCAAUGAAAUUCUCAGUGUAUUCCCUGAUACCCUACUUCAUUUUGGUGGUAGUGAGGUAACAUUUGACUGUUGGCAAUCUAAUCCAACUAUUCAAGAAUUUAUGCAAAAACAAUCCCUUGGCGAUGAUUAUUAUUCACUCGAAGAUUUUUAUUUCCGAAAACUUAUGGAAACUGUUCUUGGAACAAAUUCAUCAGAAUGGACAGUUUCACCAGUCAUUUGGGAAGAUGUAUUUGAUAAUGGAUAUCGUGGUGAACCAGCAACUGUGGUACACGUACAUCAAGCUGAAUACAAAUCAGUAAUAGAAGAAGCUACAAAAGCUGGAUACAGAGUUAUCACUAGCUCUUGUUGGAAAUUGAAUGAAAAGAAACUUGGUGACGAUUGGAGGAAAUAUUAUGAAUGUGAUUUCAGUACAUUUGAUGCUAAUGAUGAUCAGCUAGCCUUACUAAUUGGUGGUGAAGCUUUACUAUGGGGUUUCUAUGUGGAUGAUGCAAAUCUAUUUCCAGCAACUUGGCCACUAGCUGCAACCGUAGCUGAACGACUUUGGUCUCAAGAACCUCCGGAAACUGAAGUAUUUGCACAAGAACUUGAUGAACUUCGUUGUCGAAUGUUAAGACGUGGUUGGAGUGCUCAAGCGAUAACUGGACCUGGAUUCUGUUUCCCAUAGUCAGUAUGAUGACACACACACACAUAUCGAUUUCUGUGAAAUAAAAAAUAAUUAAAUUUGUUACUUAUUCCCACCUCGUUUUACUCUGCUCUUGCAUAUUCUUUUUCAUAUUAUGCGAUAUAAAUUCAGAAUG